AUGAAUCCGUACGAACCCAACAGCAUCGAAAGUAUUUUGGCGGAGGAAGAGCGAGUGCCCGUGCGCAUCCGAUUCCUUGAAGAUCGUCAGGAUGUUCCCUACUGGAUCGCCAAGGAAGUGGAGACGUCGAGGAUCGGCAGACUUAAGGUGCCCCCACAGUACAAGGAGAAGUUCAUGACGGCCAUCGGCACCGACCCCAUGUCAACCACCCUCAAGCGCACCCCCUACUACUUCCCCAUCGGGCUGCAGCUCAGCCGACCGAAACCCCAGGACGAGGAUGAUGACGACGAAGGCCUGGAGGACGAUGAACCUGAUGUGCCGCCUUCGUAUCUCGACCUCAUCAGAACCUUCCAGUCGCGCUAUGUAAGCGUCGUAGAUCGGGCGGUGAACUUCCGACAGGAGGACACGUCGUUUGCGGCGAAGCUGUCGGCCAAGGAGCGGGACAUCUACUACGCCGCCCACGAGGCCACCACGCAGUUCACUCAGUGGCGAAGCGGCAAGGAGAAGCAGACCGCCACCAUCCACGCCACCAGCGGAAAGCGCAAGAGGCACGACGCAUGA